GGGUAGGAGAAUGGGUGUGGCCCUACAGGAGGCACCCACCUGUGCCCCGUCUGUCUGUCUGUCUGCAGCUACAGCCCAGGGCCUGCGGUGCCACCUGUGCAAGGGCUUCGGAGGUUGCUCCCACGUGUCCAACUGCCCGCGGGGCUCCACCCAUUGUGUGAUCAUCGCCACCCGGUCCCCCAUCAGCUUCCAGGACCUGCCUCUGGUCACCAAGAUGUGCUACAACGGCUGCCCUGAUGUCCCCAGCCUGGGCCUGGGACCCCAUGUAUCCAUUGCCUGCUGCCAGUCCAGCCUCUGUAACCAUGACUGACCACUCUCCUCCAUCAUGUCCAGCCUGACAGACCAUGUUCCCUACCCUGGCGUAGCCCCUGAAGACCCUCUCAGACUGGCCAGCCCACACCUCCCCAAACUCACUCUUCCUGGGGAAGUCCUGCGUGAAGUCUUGCCUCCAUCCGCUGCAGUGCACGCCUAAGCACCCCUCCCUGUAUUUCAUCCCCCCCCACCACAGUCCCCACAA